GAGGUUUCACAUUAAAGAAAAUCAGUGCAUUGGACGUUGCAGUAGACCCAAACACAGUCACUAUGAAGCUGGACUGUGUUCUCAUGGCCUGGGCCCUCUACUUUUUCCUUGUUAUGUUCUGGGCAGCCCCGAUGCUACUGGCCAUGCCCCAUUCAGCUGCCAGUCUUGAGAUGCAACAAUGUGAAGGAGCCACAGCCCCUGAAUCUGCCAGCACCCAGGACAGCAGCUGGCACACUGAUGAUGACUUGACUGACCCAGAAGAAGAUGGCUUCCAGAUCAAGGGCUACACUUUCAGUAAACCCUUCCAUCUGAUUGUGUCCUACGACUGGCUGAUCCUCCAAGGUCCAUCCAGGCCUGUGUUUGAAGGGGACUCACUGAUUCUUCGCUGCCGAGCCUGGCAAGAUUGGCCACUGACCCAGGUCACCUUCUACCGGGAUGGAUCAGCCUUGGGUCCCCCUGGACCUAACAGAGAAUUCUCCAUCGCUGUGGUGCAAGAGGCAAACAGUGGACACUACCACUGUAGUGGCAUCUUCAACAGUCCUGGUCCUGGGAGCCCAGAAACAGCAUCUUCCGUGGCCAUCAUAGUCCAAGAGCUGUUUCCAAUCCCAGUUCUCACUGCCACACCCUCGGCUGAGCCCCAAGAGGGGGGCCCGGUGACCCUGAGCUGUCAGACAAAGCUGCCCCCACAGAGGUCAGGCACACGCCUCUUCUUCUCCUUCUACAAGGAUGGCAGGACAGUGCGCAGCAGGGGCAUCUCCUCAGAAUUCAAGAUCCCCACAGCUUCAGAGUCGCACUCUGGAUCCUAUUGGUGUGAGGCAGCCACUGAGGACAACCAUGUGUUGAAACAGAGCCUUCAGUUGGAGAUCAGGGUGCAGGGACUCUCCAGCUCUGCUGCAUCCCCCACCUUGACUUCAGAUCCUCAGAAGCCAGCUGCUUCAGAAACUGCUUCUAUGGAACCCCCAGGACCUCAGGCUCCUCUAACCACCUCUUCUUCUGAGAACCCAUGUUUAUGUUCUCAUCUGGUGGUGCCGGACCCCCACCUGCAUCACCAGAUGGGCAUGCUUCUCAAACAGGUACAGGAGGUGAAAGUUCUUCUGGGACACCUAGUCAUGGAGCUGAGGGACUUGUCUGGCCACCGGAAGCCUGAGCCCACAAAGGCUCAUGCCAAAUAAAAGUAAACAAUUUACCCACAAUAUUGUUUAACCACCCCAAUAAAUCCAACUCAUCUGUUUUUCUUCUUUCUGUCCUGCACAUAUGCAUAGCUUUACAAUUUGUUCCAGAGUUUUGUUAGAAUAAUGGAGAUAGGUUAAUAUAAAUAAAUUUGCUCAAAAUGAUAAUCAGAGUUUAACUGUAAUUGCGUGUUCUCUCUUAGGAUUAUAGCAUAAUCCUGCUCCCGUAGACCAGACAUUUCCUUCUGCCACCCAGACCAGAACCUAGUGAUUUAAAGGGAAGAAACAGAGGUGAUUUAGUGCAGCAGCUCUCAAUCAGGGAUGAUCCUCUGCUCCCCCCAGCACACAUGAGGC